GGGAGUCAAUAGUAGAGGGAUUGAACAUUAUUCACUUCAUGACGAAAAAGUUAUACCUCAAAAUUCUUUACCAAAUUUACCAUUGAUAGGAAUGUUUGUCGUAAAAAAUGAUAAUCUACAAGACCCUGCUUUGUAUUUCUAUAAUCUUUACUUGAUAUAUGCAGAUGGUAACAUGUAUUGCUAUGAAAUACGAAGGAAAGAACAAACAAAUGAUUUAAG